AUGUUCACCGCUACCAAAGUAGCUUUCACAUUAACACCCCCUCGUCCAUGUUCUACACCUCCCCCAACACCUUUCGUUCCAAUCUCUUCUUCGCUUUCUCGUCCUCAUCUUAUUCACUUCAAUUCCCGUCACCUAUGCCUUCGCCGGAGACUAUUCCUACUUUCACCUAAAGCCACCGCAGAUCAACAAGGGAAGGUUGAAGAAUUUGAAGGAGAAGCUGUUGAUAGGAAUGUUCUUCCGUAUUGUAGCAUAGAUAAAAAAGAGAAGAAAUCUGUUGGGGAACUAGAGCAAGAAUUUCUUCAAGCGCUUCAAUCGUUCUAUUAUGAGGGAAAGGCUAUUAUGUCGAACGAAGAAUUUGAUAAUCUCAAGGAAGAACUCAUGUGGGAAGGAAGCAGUGUUGUUAUGCUAAGUUCGGAUGAACAGAAAUUUCUUGAAGCUUCUAUGGCUUAUGUGUCUGGAAAUCCAAUUUUGAAUGACAAAGAGUAUGAUGAGUUGAAAAUGAGGCUAAAGAGGGAAGGCAGUGAAAUUGUUGUUGAGGGUCCAAGGUGCAGUCUUCGAAGUAAAAAGGUUUACAGUGACCUGUCAGUUGACUAUUUAAAGAUGUUCCUGCUGAACGUCCCAGCCACCGUGAUUGCAUUAGGAUUGUUCUUCUUCCUUGAUGAUCUGACGGGAUUUGAAAUCACUUACUUGCUGGAGCUGCCGGAGCCCUUUAGUUUCAUUUUCACUUGGUUUGCGGCUGUUCCUCUCAUUGUAUAUCUAGCUCUAUCACUAACAAGAGCCAUUAUUAAAGAUUUUGUGAUUUUAAAGGGUCCAUGUCCAAACUGCGGAACUGAAAAUACCUCCUUCUUUGGAACCAUACUGUCAAUUUCAAGUGGUGGUUCCAACAACAAAGUCAAAUGUUCCGACUGUGCAACUGAAAUGGUGUAUGAUUCAACUACAAGAUUGAUUACAUUGCCAGAAGGAAGUAAAUAA